GGGAAAAGUUCAAAAUGGCGGAUAUUAAACUCGACAAUGUCAAAAUUGCUAAGAUGAGUUUGGAGGCAAAUCGUCUUUCUAGUUUCCAAAACUGGCCUUUUCAAGACGAUGAACGCAAUAAUAUUUGUACCGCGGAAAAGAUGGCUCAAGCUGGAUUUUACUCAUGUAACAACGAUCAAUCGCCGGACUUGGUGCGAUGUUAUGUUUGUUUCAAAGAAUUGGAAGGUUGGGAGCCUCACGAUGAUCCGUGGAGUGAGCACCUCAAACAUUCUGCAAACUGUUCCUUUGCGAAGAAAGGCAAACCCGAAGGAAAGCUAACCGUGGAAGAAUUCGUUAAAAUGGAAAUGGAGAGUCAGCAAAACAGGAUUGAAAUACUUAUGAAUGAGAAAGUGAAACACGUGGAAUCUUGGUCAGAUCACGUGCUUGAUGAAUUGAUGAAAUUGGGCUCUAAAUAGUACGUGCGGUUAUUCAGUUGUAUAAUUCAACCAGGUAUUCGGGAUUCAACCUUCCAUAUUGCCAGCUACUAUAUGUGGAAGUAUAAAGAAUCAGCCUUUAUACUCGGAUUAUAUGCAAGAUACUUUAUGAAUCAUGUAUAUAAUUAACAGAAAAUAUUGUAUAUCACUAUAUAGCUAAUAUUAUGACCGUUCCCAACAUUUUCCCGGGAUGUGUUUUAUUCGCAUAGUUCGUCUAUUAGACGAAUUUGAAUGGUAGUUCGUCUUAACGCAUCUUCCAUCUAACGCAUCGUGGUAUAAAUACGGAUGGGGACAAAAUAUGGAAAAUUUAUCAUAAAACAGCUCUUUUGCACCCUUUUUACCCCAUAAAUAAUUUCUGUGCUAUGCACAUUCGUUCCCAAUAUUCACGGGCAUUUUCUAAACGCGUGAUUCUGUUUCGUUCGACAUAUAUUCGUCUAGGUAGUUCGUUUUUCAUACUCAGACGUAUGUAUCAUUUGUUCAGACGGAUAAUCCGUCUCUAGUAUGGAUAGGACCAAUUAUGCCGAAUUCAUUAUGAAGAAUUGCACGUUCGUUCGUAUUCACGUUCUUUCUGUAGCUCAGAAUUUCACGGCUUGUUCUCCAGAGGUGAACUUAGUUUAAUUGCCGAAUGUAAGUUUGAACAUUUUUA